AUGGAGCUCUCCUGCCAAACGCUGCGAACCACCUACCAGGCGAGGGAGGCGCGGCUACAUUUAGAUGCUGUUUACAGCAAUAAAGAGAAUAUUACAUUUGAUCUAGAGUUCUGUCUUAAUUCACAGGAUGAGAUGCGAACAGAAGCCCGUCGAAAAAAUCUCCUCAUUCUAAUUUUGCAUUAUUUAAUGGAGGAAGGGUAUGUCGAUGCUGCAAAUGCUUUGGAACAAGAGACAAAAUUAAGUUUACGUGGCUUUGAAGUUUGUGACAACAUUGAUCUUGAGACAAUUUUGAUGGAGUAUGAAAGCUAUUACUUCGUGAAAUUUCAAAAGUAUCCUAAAAUUACCAAAAAGGCCCUGGACACUGCAGAAAAUAAACAACAACUGAGAACUGGAGGAAGACCAAGAAGGGCAGCAAGCUCUUCUCAGAAUCUCCCAAGGCUCAAACAUCAGACAGCACAACGACCGUUGUCAAAAACUUCACCUGGGAGUACAACAGAAUUUAAAUCAUCCACCAAGGAGAGCCCCAAACAGAAUAAUGACAGUGCAGUUACUGUGGAGCAAUCUGACUUUGGCUUAAGUAUCUCAGCAAUCAACAAAACUGGAGGAGACAACACUCACCCAAGAAGGGGCCAAGUAAUUGACUUCCAUGGGACAAUUCAGGAUGCUGUCAAAGUAUCAUCAAAUGGAAUAGCCUUGAACAGCCUUAACUGUCAUCCAGAUCCAUCCGAACGAUUAUUGAAACCCCUUAGUGCUUUUAUUGGCAUGACUGGUGAGAUGAGAGAACUUGCAAUGGUUGUAAGCAAAGACAUUUAUCUCCAUAAUCCAAAUGUGAAGUGGGACAAUAUUAUUGGACUGGAUGCAGCUAAAAGGCUAGUCAAGGAAGCAGUUGUUUAUCCCAUAAAGUACCCCCAGCUGUUUACAGGCAUUCUGUCUCCUUGGAAAGGAUUAUUGCUGUAUGGACCACCAGGUACUGGAAAAACUUUGCUUGCUAAGGCUGUUGCCACAGAAUGCAGUACAACAUUUUUCAACAUAUCAGCAUCCACAAUUGUCAGCAAAUGGAGGGGUGAUUCGGAAAAGCUUGUCCGGGUGUUAUUUGAGCUUGCCCGGUACCACGCUCCUUCCACAAUUUUCUUGGAUGAGCUGGAGUCAGUUAUGAGUCAAAGAGGCACUGCUUCUGGUGGUGAACACGAAGGAAGUCGGCGGAUGAAAACAGAAUUACUGGUGCAGAUGGAUGGCUUGGCCCGAUCUGAUGAUCUUGUAUUUGUUUUAGCAGCUUCCAAUCUGCCAUGGGAGUUAGAUUCCGCCAUGCUGCGGCGGUUGGAGAAGAGGAUUUUGGUCGACCUCCCAAGUAAAGAGGCACGGCGGGUGAUGAUCCAGCACUGGCUGCCCCCUCUGAGCAACAGCGGAGGAGUGGAGCUGAGAACGGAUCUGGACUACAGCUUGCUGGGCCAGGAAACAGAUGGGUACUCCGGCUCAGACAUAAAACUGGUGUGCAAGGAAGCAGCCAUGAGACCACUGAGGAAAAUUUUCGAUGCUCUUGAAAAUCAUCAGCCAGGUAACAGUAACUUACCCGUGAUCCGAUUAGACACGAUCACAACAGCAGAUUUCCUGGAUGUGAUCGCCCACACCAAGCCAUCAGCAAAGAAUCUAAGCCAGAAGUACACAGCUUGGCAGAGAGAAUUUGAGUCAGUUUGAAAAGAAAAACCCCCAAAC